AUGUCCUACUCCUCGAUGGCAGUGCGAUUCUUCACUGCACCCAAGCCCCUCGGUGCUGCUAUGGAUGAAACCAGUAAACAGUCUGGGGCCGAGUCUCAAGGCCAGACGGUCAUGCGACCGAAUGUGUCUACUAAGCAACCAUCUUCUGAAGUUGCCGCUCCUCACACACCGCUGAAGCAAGGUUUGACCUUUGCGAAUCAGGAAUCACUUCCUAAGUUGCCGAUUCCUGAUCUGGAGGAUACCUGUCGCCGGCAUUUGGAUGCCUUGCAAGCCCUGCAAACUCCUCGCGAGCAUGAAGACACCAAGGCUGCUGUGCGCGACUUUUUGAAGAACGACGGUCCGCUUUUGCAAGAAAGACUAAAGACCUAUGCUGGCUCUAAAACCAGCUACAUUGAACAGUUUUCCGUCGUUCUGAACCUCAACCCAUUCUUCCUCUUGGAAGACGAUCCAACCCCUGCCAGAAAUCACCAGGUGACUCGAGCUGCAUCACUGGCCAUUUCGGCCUUGGCAUUCGUUCGAGCUGUGCGCCGUGAGGAGCUUCCCGCGGAUACUGUCCGCGGAACACCACUGUGCAUGUACCAGUAUUCGCGACUCUUUGGUACUGCACGUCUACCAACCGAAAAUGGCUGUGUCAUUAGUCAAGACCCAUCGGCCAAACACAUGGUGGUUAUGUGUCGGGGCCAAUUCUAUUGGUUUGAUGUCCUUGAUGACAACAGUGACCUCAUCAUGAGUGAAAAGGAUAUCUCCCUUAACUUACAGGUUAUCAUCGAGGAUGCUGCGCAAACACCAAUCCACCAUGCGGCCAAGGGGGCUCUAGGUGUUCUCAGUACAGAGAACCGGAAAGUUUGGUCCGGGCUACGGGAUAUCAUGACCAAAGACUCAAGGUCCAAUAACGCCGAGUGUCUGAACAUAGUUGAUACUGCAUUGUACGUGUUGUGUCUGGAUGACACAGAGCCCUCGACGACGGCGGAGCUCUGCGCAAACAUGCUUUGCGGCACGAGUGAAGUCAUCAAGGGCGUGCAGGUUGGAACAUGCACCAAUCGUUGGUACGACAAGCUCCAGAUAAUUGUCUGCAAGAACGGCAGUGCAGGUAUCAACUUCGAGCACACCGGCGUCGAUGGACAUACGGUGCUUCGUUUUGCCAGUGACGUGUACACUGAUACGAUCCUCCGCUUCGCGAAGACCAUCAAUGGCCAGGCCCCAAGCCUUUGGGCAACCAGCAGUCCCGACCCAGCCAAGCGUGACCCCAGUAGCUUUGGUAAUGUCAGCACAACACCUCGCAAACUCGAAUGGGACAUGACACCCGAGCUCAACAUUGCACUUCGUUUCGCUGAAUCUCAUUUGUCCGACCUCCUGUACCAGCACGAAUUCCAGGUUCUCGACUUUGAAGGAUUCGGAAAGAACUUCAUCACCUCAAUGGGCUUUUCGCCCGAUGCCUUUGUGCAAAUGGCCUUCCAAGCCGCUUAUUACGGUCUCUAUGGGCGAUUGGAGAACACCUAUGAGCCAGCAAUGACAAAGAUGUUCUUACACGGCCGCACGGAAGCGGUCCGAACAGUGACCCAAGAAUGCAUGGACUUUGUCACGGCAUUUUGGGGCGAGAACGCUGCCGAGCAAAAGGUCGACGCUUUGCGAACCGCAACCCAAAAGCACACAGCUGCUACUAAAGACUGCUCAAAGGGCCAGGGCCAAGACCGCCAUCUCUACGCUCUUUACUGCCUCUGGCAGCGUUCUUUCGACGAUGGUUUCGAAACUAGCUCCGCCGAUAAUUCAGAAACCCUUAGUCAUCUCGAAUCACCAACAUUAUCUCCCUCAGAAGACAGCCUGUCCUCGCCUGGCAGCGCACGUGCCUAUCGCACCACGGCUCCAACACCUGCCAUCUUCGCCGACGCAGGCUGGGACAAGAUCAACAACACAGUCCUUUCAACCUCGAACUGCGGAAAUCCCUGCCUUCGUCACUUCGGUUUCGGCCCAACCUCUGCAGACGGCUUCGGUAUCGGAUACAUUAUCAAAGAUGACUCGAUUUCUUUCUGUGCUUCAUCCAAGCAUAGACAGACGGGCCGUCUGAUGCACACGCUUGAACAAUAUCUCUUCGAAAUCCGGAAGUUGCUGCGUGCUACUAAUCGCAAGGCAAUGAGCCCCCGAACGAGUCGUGCCCGUGAGACAGAGGCUCUGGCCGAAAACUUACAGUCCGAGACUAGUCGUCGGGGACGGAUUGUUCGUGGCGGGGGCAUGGGAGGUGCGGAUACACCUACUUCUGCAGCUGAGAGUUCCUACAUCGAAGAUGAUGGCAUGGGCGGAUAUGGCUUCUUCGAUGCCGGAAUGCUGCUUCAUGCCCUGAAGGGUCUCGGUGCGGAUCGCGAGUCGCGUGAAAAGCCUGCCAAGAGGAGGUUUGUGGGAAAGAAACUCCAUCUCAAUGAGUAUUGA